AUGAACGAAAUAAAAUCGUUAGAACACGCUACACUGAAGGUGCCGUAUGAGAUAUUCAACAAACGGUAUCGUAAUGCACAGCGUGUAUUGGAUGUAGAGGCUCGGCAGGUUGCUACUUCAGUUAGUGACUUGGACACAACCACUAAGAAAGGGGCGACUGUCGGUGAAAUAGAUUCGCUGUUGGGUGGAAUGGUAGAAAAACUAACUACUAUGAAGCGUAAAGCAUCGGAAGCUAUAACCGAGGAGGUCCAGGCUGCGUUUGUAUGUAAGAAGAGGUUGGAGCAUCUUAAAGAACAGGCUGACGCACUAUCAGACACAAGCGCACCACAGGCUAAGACUCAGAUCAAUCAGUGGCGUAAGGUACGCUUGGACAGAAUGUUAGUUGAUUAUUUCCUUCGUAAUGGUUACUAUGAAUCUGCUAACAAGUUGGCUGAUGCUCGCGACCUUAGAGAUCUCACUAAUGUUGAUAUCUACGCCGCAGCGUCUGAAGUAGAGUCUGAAUUGUCUCUGCGAAACUUCAACUCAACUAUGGAGUUUAAGAUACGGAUACAGGAGUUCAUAGAGCUUGUCCGUGAAGACAGACGCCUGGAGGCCGUGAGGUACGCCAAGAAACACUUCUCAACCUAUGAGGACGGCCAGCUGGAGGACAUACAACACUGUAUGGGCAUGCUCGCCUUCCCUAAGGACACAGAGGUGGAGCCAUACCAGUCGCUGCUAGGAUCGUGGCGCUGGGACGCGCUGGUCGCUCAGUUCCGAUGGGAACACGCGCGACUGUUGCACCCGGCGCGCCUCCCGGCUUUGCCUGUAACGCUACAACUGGGACUGGCCGCGUUAAAUACGCCUCAGUGCUACAAGGACAGCACCAAGGUCCCCACGUGUCCGUCGUGCUCCCCGCCGCUGAACGCUCUGGCCCGCACGCUGCCGCACGCGCACGUGUCGCACUCGCGGCUCGUGUGCCGCUUGUCGCGCCUGCCGCUCAACGAACACAACCAGCCCAUGGUGCUGCCCAACGGACAGGUCUAUGGGGAGAAGGCUCUGAAGGAAAUGAUGAAGGAGCAUGGAUCCAUUAUAUGUCCGAAGACAAAGGAAGUGUUCUGUAUGAAGCGCGUCGAGAAAGUAUACGUCAUGUAG